AUGCAGACCACAACAAUCACCGGUAGUGCCACCAUUACCAUAACAAUUGUUCCGUUGACAACAAUUUUUACCCCUCCUCCUGAUUGCUCAACUAGCUGGACCUUCGCGCCUACAAGUUCAGUCGGCGUGGUGAAUGGUAUCCUGAUACAAAAUGCAUUAAGCGUUGUGAGCUCAUGCUAUCCCUCGGGGUUGAGCAAUACGGGGAGAGCUAUGGCAACACAUGUUUUUAGUCCGGGAUAUUGCCCUACGGGAUACACAUCUGCAGACAUCACGAUCAAUGGACCGAUUACGACUGCAAUUUGCUGUCCCUCAAAUCACAACUAUUACAAGACCACUAUCCCUGGCAACUUCCCCCCACCACUGCUGGCUGGAUGUCUAAGCAGUAUGCCGUCAGAAUCAACCACCAAAGUGCUUGUUGCAGUUCCAGGCAAGGGUAAAGAAACACUUGUCAGCGGGCCUUUGACAAUGUGGGCUCAGCCCAUCACAGUGAUGCUUCAAUCAACAGAUUUAAGCUUAUAUGGGGACGUUUCUACUUCCUCAACCGCUACCCUCACGCCUGCAGUGUCUGCCCUACAGCCAACAUUAACACACUAUGACUACAACUCAACAGUACCCACAGACUUGGCACCGAACCCACCUCUCACAGCAGCAACCAUCACUGGUACACUUAUGACUCCAACUAUAUCGACAGCAGCGAUAGAACCAACCAGUCCAACAGACUUGACAGAGCCUGAUGCUCAUGAAACCACUGCCUUAUCCUCAAGUGCCAAAGCAGGAAUAGGCAUCGGUGCAGCUGCACUUGGGUUGGCCGUGUUUGUGAUAGCUAUUGCUUCGCGCGUAUUUCGUCGUCGACAAAAGAGCCGCCAGAGCGAGCCGGCACCGCAAGCCACCCCUCGUAGACCGGGUUCCUCCAGGAGCUUUAAGCCAUGGGCUAAAGUCAAAGAGAUACGGCGAGGGCCUCCAGCCGAGCUUGAAGCGUAA